AUGUUAAGUAAUAGAAAGUCCAUGGAUAAAAGAUUUGUUGAUUAUAUAUUUUUGGCAGGGUUACCAACAGAUUUUCAAAUUAAUCCUGACAAGCAAGAUGAAAAUGAAUUAUUCAAAGGAGUUGAUGAUGAAUUGAAUAAUAUUGAAGGAUUGAACUCUGAAAAAAAAAAUGUUACGGAUAAAGAACAAGCUCAAAUAGUGAGAGAAAUUGAUCAAACUUCAUCAAAUUUCACUCCCAAAAUCAAAUGUAGCAAAACAUUUUCUUCUGACAUGUUUAGAUCAAAAAGUAACAAAUCAUCAUCAUACGCUCGUACCAGAACAUUGGUUAGUAGAUCUUUUGUAGCAGAUGAUGAAGGGAGCACAAAGUUGUUAGACGCAUUAUUUGAAAGUAUUAAAGCAAGCAUAAUAAAAUUUGAUCAAGAUCGGUGUGAACGUAAAUCGAAAUUAUUUAAAAACUUUGAUGAGGAAUUUGUAAAAUCUGAUUCUAUGCUACGCGAAGUAGUGAAUGUAGAUAAUAAUGAUGAAUCACUUACAACAUUGUCAACGAAACUAUUUAAAAAUUUUGAUGAGACGCUUGUAAAAAACGAUUCUUUAAAAAGUUCUUCAAAUGUUGAUGAAUCAAAAGUUCAAGAAGGAUUAGAUACUAAUAGACGCUCAUAUCAGAAUGUGGUGCCACAACAACCAUCAUCAAAACAAAAUGAUGUUUGUUUUGACACUUUAUUACACCCUUUAAGGCAAAAAUUUGCACCAAAAUUAUUAUCAAAGUACCCGGAAAAUGAUUACCCAGAAGAAGGUGCCUUUCCGGAAUAUGUUCCAAUGUUUUGUUUUCCUAAUGAUAUAAUGUUAAGAGAGUCGAAUGAAUGUCCUUCAACAACUUUUCAUGGAUUUGUGAUGACGCAAGAAGAUGGAUCACAGCGACACGGGGCAUGCUUAACUACUUAUGAACCAAUUCCCGAAGAUUUGUUUGAAGAGCUGAACGAGCAAAAGAAUAUAUGGAGAGAAGCAAACAUGUCUAAAAGUGAGAUAGAAUAUGCAGAUCAUUUACUUGACAAAAUAAGAACAGAAAGAAGAAGAAUUGAGACAACAAGAGCGAAAAUUAUGCUACAAGGAAUAGAUGCGGAUAGUAAAGAAUUAGAAGAGAUAAAAAAAGAAAGAGAGGAUGCUGAAGAUAAAUUAGUAUUAUAUAAUGAGCUAUUGCAACCUAUUAAAUUAGGGGUGUUAGAUAAGAAUAGUUUAUGGAUACCUAAAUGUAUCGGAAUAGUAAGUCAUUUACCGUGGCAUGAUGUAUUAAAAGAUUGGCUAUGUGCUGUUGCAAUGCCUAUGAUUGAAGAUCUUAAAGAGAGCAACGAUCCAAUUAAUUCCCUUGUUCCUCUUGAAAGGCAUAUAGUUAACCUUGUACAUGAAAUACCAUUACCACCUCCUGGUAAAUUACAAGUUGCAUUUUCAGUUAAUGAUAUGACAUUCUUUUGUGCGAGACCAGCACUCAACCAAAUACCAAUAAUGAAGGAUUUUUCACUAUAUCCGUUAUUUAGAAGCCUUUCAAUCCAAAAUAUAGUGACAUUAUUUGAAGUUGCAUUAACGGAAGGAAAAAUAUUAUUAAUAUCAUCAUAUCCAGACAUGUUAUAUUUGGUCGCUCAUAGCAUAACAUAUUUGAUUUACCCACUAUAUUGGCAAGGCGUAUUUAUUCCUGUACUUCCCGCUAGAUUAAUGGCGUGUUUACAAGCACCGGUGCCAUAUAUCAUGGGAAUCGAAAGACAGUAUAAAGGUGUUGAUUUAUUGCCCGAAGAUGCUUGUAUUGUAGACUUGGAUAAAAAUACAAUAUUAUUGGCAAACUCGCCGAUUCAAAUACCAUCAAGACAGAGAAAGAAAUUGAUCAAAUCAUUAGAACAAUAUGCACCAUUGCAUACACAAUGUAACAUACCAUUAGGAGUGCCAAAAUUCAUACAAGAAGCAUAUCCUAAUGGUAAAUUUAUUCCAAUUAGUAACAAAUCAAAAAUACAUGAAAAAACCGAUAGUGGGACAGUUGGUUCGAUAAUAGGAAUGCCAGCGAGAGCGAUACCAUUUGCCCCUUCAAUGAAUAGUUCUUUUAAUCCCGAAAAUGGAUUAAUGAAAAGUGAUGGUACUCAAAUCGAUCAAGCGUUACACUUAGCUCCCAUACCUGAGAUUAAUGACAUUCUUAUUGAUAAUAGUAGUCAUAAUAGUGUUAAUAGUGGCACUAGUAGUGGUGCUAGUGAAUUUUUUAUUAAUAAUUGUAAUAAUGAAUUCAAUACCACGAUAAACACACAUAAUAAGAGUAUGAGACAAACUAUGGGUAAUAUGGCUGGGGGUGGUAAUCAUAAUGUACAGCACGCUACGGUACAAAGAAGGUUUUCUAAUUUCGUUUCUCCCUCAAGUAACCAUGUUGAUAAAGCUGAUAGUGUAAAGAGUUUAGAUAAAUUUGGAAAAAAGACAAAACAAAGGUUUAGUUCUAUAACCGGAGGUGCAAGGAAUUCUAUAAUCACUUUAAGGAAUAAAGCGUUGUCAAGAAAUAGUAGCGCAUCUUUGAAUGGUAACGUAUUUAAUCGUAAUGGUAUGUCACGUGGAAAUGACAUUCGUCCACAUUCGACUUUUAAUAAUGAUUCUGUAAUAAGUCAACCCACAUCUCCCGACUCGAUCAUGUGUUCGGAUUCAUUAUUUGAUGAUGUACAAAGUACAAUGUUUUCAACAAAUUCAGAUAUCUCUUCACUGAAAAAAUUUUCCGAAAAAGAUUACAUAUUAAAAGAAGGACAUUUUAUGGUAUUAUCACCAUCCGAUAAUGAAGCGAAUGACCAAAAAAGUGGUGUUUGGAUGAUGGAAGGUUUAGCUUGUAGAAUAUGUAGGAACAGUCUUAGUGUUAAUUCUGUAUAUAAAUGCGAUUGUUGUUCUGUGAUGAUACAUGAAGAAUGUUUGAAUGAUAUUGCUUAUCCUUGUAUACCUGCUUGUUUUGAUGAACCGAAAAUAUUAGAUGCCUUCUUAAGAGUAUUUGCUUCUUUAUUAAGCAAUUAUCGUUAUUUUCUUUUAAAUAAUGAUGAUAAUACGAGAGAUAGUGGUAUAGGAGAUAUAUUUGAGGAUGGAUUUGGUGUUGCUGGAGAUUCCAAUGAAUUAUUUAAAAAAGAUUUAUUCUUAAAAUCUGUUGAAAAAUCUUCCAAGCCAUUUUUAUCAAAUUUGUUGGAUUCUCAAUCAUUUUCACAAUUUAUUGCCGAAAGAGUGAUGAAGAAAGGUGAUGAUAUUGAUUUUGGCAUAAAACAUUUUGAUGAAGUUAUAAAAGCAAAACUUAAUAGAUCAAAAUUAAAAAUAUCUAAAGAAUCUACUUCAUUCCUUAACGAUUCAUCAUUUGAAGUGUCACAAACCGUACGUGCCAUAAAACCAAAUGAAGAAGGUUUGGAUGAAUUAGGAUUUGAAGGUUAUGUACGUCUACCUGAUUUCUUUGAUCCUGAAUUAAUAUCUAAUCCUCGCGCUAUACACAACGGUUGGGCGAAUGGUUUUGGUAAAGGUUGGAGAUAG